UGCCUGAAUUUUUACAAGAGGUUUGCUUGAAUGCCAACUAAUUUCAAACCGAUUGUCACCAGAAAGACGCGCUCUUAUAUUCUACUACUCGUAUUUACGCAGCGCCGUCAGGUAAAACAAAUCUGUUUUUUUUUCAAACUGUAAAAGACAGCAACACUGUGGCUGGAAAGGUUUGAGAAAGAGCCUCCGGGAAGUACCCUAUCUCAAAAUGACGUCUGUGGAAUUUAAAAUUAAUCUUAAAUCGAAAAACCGCGGGUUUCCGGAUAUUGAGAAUCAAUGGCAGAUAAGUGGAAGUGAAUGCAGAGAGUCGCUAUCUGACGGGCCGCGCAUCGAUGCAACAGAAACCAGAUUCAGUGCUUGGACGCCCAUUACAAACAAAGCAUGUAACCAUCAGCUUUUUCAGGAAAGAACUACUCUUAUCCUACACUGGUUUGACCUCUGGACAGACCGACAAAGAAAGGAAUUUAUCCUUCAGCUUUUGAGGAGAUGCAACAAAACCCAGCUCAAGUUCACCAGUGAUUGUUUAACAGAAGCCGUUCCCAUCACUCGGAUGGACUUUACGACUGUGCUACCCCGUUUUCUUUCUCUGUACAUCAUGUCCUUUCUCAGUCCUCGAGACAUCUGUGCUGCAGCACAGGUGAGCUGGCACUGGAGGUUUCUGGCUGAGCAGGACUGUCUGUGGUUUCCCAAAUGCAUACGCCUGGGCUGGUUUCUUCCCUACAGUCCAUCAGAUCAUGAGUAUGGAGCCUGGAAAAGACAUUACGUGGCAUGUGCCGCCAGUUUGGAUAUUCUGACCCCACGAGAGGCAGCAGGUGUCUAUGGCACUUUGAAUGAGAGUUUGACUGUACCAGAGGAGAAGGAGGAGAGAUGGAGAGAGCUCAUGAUUAAACAAACAAUCAGAGACAAGAUAGCAGAACAUAAAAAGGCUGUUCUGAAGACGAGAAGGGCAUGGAUCAACACCAGUAAAUUGGGCACAUCAUAUACUGAUACUCACAAUCAACCAUUGACUCUUACUGCUGCUCUCGUUCAUAUAGGGGAGAAGUGUCGUUUGAACUCAUUUUCCAAUGUCGCGACCAUAAAAUCACAAAAUGGUAUAAGUGGAAGUCUUAAGAACAGAUAUGCUUCGAGUUUGGUAAAAUCUACGAGUUUACCAUUCAACCAGCCAGUCAGGUCCACCUACACUCCUCUUCCCCACUUCCUGCUUGUGUCAUCCAAAGUUCCUGGAUAUGAACUGCUUCUGGCUGCAGUACACGCAUCUGUAGUCGUUUUGCCAUAUGACUUACAAGCAAUGAACUUGGAGGCUUUGCUUUCUCUGGCAGAAAGAGCUAUCCAGGGCAGAAUGCUACAAAGUGUUGGUAUUCUGGCAGGAGGAAGCACAGACGAGGUUUACCUUACACAAGGAAUGAGUAUUACUGAAAAGACAGUGCUAAUGCCACGUGUCAGAGAGUUUUGGGAGAAGCUGUGUGGCUGGGUAGUUCCUGCUUCAGAAGGCGGGAGUCUAAACAUCUUUGCUCCCCUGGCGUCUUCUGUUGCAGGGAUGGAUCUGAUGAGGAAGUUAUCCUCUAUGACUGGUCUGAAUGUCAGAGCCCCCACUGGGAUGUGUACUGGCUCCUACCAGCACAUUCUCAGUGAGUGGUCUGGGUCUAGUGACUUUCCACCAUUGAUGUACAUGCAUGAAGCUGUUCUUCUGAGCUGGUGCAGGCAGGCUGAAUGGAUAGAGGAAGCUUGCAAAGAACUGCGGAAACACCUUGAGCCACAGCUGCACUUUCUGUGUCAAAAGAUCAAGGGCCGUAUCCUCGGCUUGUUCCUCUGGGAUCAUAUUAAGAUGCCUGUUAUCUCCAUUAAAUCUGAUAUCAUGGAAUGCUUGAUUCAGGGACUUGUAGCUUUGAUGAAUGAGACCCCAGAUGAUGCUGUAGACUUCUUGGGGCGCUUUUUACUAAAGAAAUCGAUCAAGGAUGGUCUGAAGGAAACAGAGCCACUGUUUUUUACAGAAAGGACUUCCUCCAACAUCAUUAAUCCCAUCCCAGAGUUUCCAAAGGGCUUUAUAAGUGAUGCAGACAGACGUGGUUGCGUGUGCAAGGAGCUUUUGGAUAGCGAGAGAACUUACGUGAGGCAACUUCAAGCAGUCGCCACAGUUUUUUACACUCCUCUCAGAGCUGCUCUGGACUCCAAUCGAGCCAUUAUCAGCUCUGUCAGUCUCAUCACAAUCUUCUGCCCCCUGCUGGACAUUUUGGAGGCAAACAAACUUUUUCUGAUAGAACUUCAGGAGAGAUUGCAGGAAUGGGGUCCAUUGCAGUGUGUGGGUGAUGUUUGUGUUAAAUUCUGCACCAAGCUACGGGCCUACACAAACUUUUUUAACAACUACCCGACCAUUCUGAAAACUAUAGACAAGUGCAGAGAGACACAUCCUGUAUUCCGUGCGUUUCUGAAAAGACACGACUGGAGUGUUGCUACCAGAAUGCUGAGUCUGCAGGAGCUGUUUCUUGCACCGUCUGCACGAGUAGAGGAGUAUGGGACUUUGCUUCAGGCUUUAACUCUACACACACCACGCGAGCACCCUGACUACACACUGUUAUCAUCCGCCCUCAACACAAUCAUGACAUACAGGAACUUCCUCCACAAGUUAAAAACAAGUUUGAAUCAAGACCUUAAAAUCUUAGAGGCACAGAAUACAAUUCAAAGCUGCCCGAAUUUGUCAGAGGGGAGCAGAUAUUUGAUCACCACACAGGAAGUGGCAUCACUUACCUGCCUAAAUGGAGACAUCACUUCCUCUCUCAGGAUGUAUGAGCACGUGAGUGACCUGGGAUUGUUUCUGUUUAAUGACGCUUUAGUGCUGACUGAGAAGAGCGUGUCACAUUUACCAUUCAGUCUGGCAGCGAAAACAACUCACAACUUUCUGGCAUCAGUUGCACUGCAUUGUCUGAACCUCAAGGAAAUCACAGAUACAAAGUAUGUUCAGAACGCUUUUCAGCUGGAGAGCCCAAAGCGCCAAUGGAUUUGUGCUACAGACAGAGAAGAGGAGAAGAACAAGCUGAUGUCUGCCUUAUGCAGUGCCAUAAAUGCUGCUAUUACACAGAACUAAAAGUGCAC